AUGGUGUUUCCCGGCACGAACACGUAUCCGACGACGCAUAUCUCACUCGUGCACGCGUCGGAUUCGGUGAGAGCCGUGAUGGGCACGAUCGCCGGCAGCGCCGCAACUCGUCCAUCGACGUCGACGAGCUCAGUGCCCUACGCCAGCGCGUCAUCGAUUCAAAAGAUGUCGAAGCCGCCGGUUCGUGUCGUCGCUCAGCCGCCGCCGCCGCCGCCGCCGCCUCUCCACCAAAACCACCAUCAUCACCAUUCGAUGUACGCGGCGACGCAGCGAACGAGUCUGCCGACGAUGUCGGUUCAGCCGAUGGCGGGACGCGUCGGCGCCGAGUUUGGCACACUCAAACGCGAUCGUGGCCUCGUCGACUACGACGACGCGCCGCGCUCGGCCUAUCAACACCAGCAGCACGCCGUCGAGAUUGUUCAGCAGCGCGUGCGCGCGGUUCGCCGACAAGUCGCCGACGAGGAGACAGAAUUGCGGCGAUUGCGCGAGCUCGAACGCGAGACGGCGAUAUUGCGCGAGCGGAACGCGAAUCGCGAGCACGAGCUCGCCGCCGAGUCGUCGAAGCUCGCCGACGAGCAAACGGUGUUGAGGAACGCGACGCUUCGCGUCAAAUCGCUCACCAAACAUCUUGAAGAAAUGUACAAGAGGCGGCAGACGGCGUCGGCGGCGGCGCUCGUCGAACACCGCAAACUUCAGCAGAAUCGCAACGCCGCCACCGAGGCGGUCGUGAGACCGCGCGCGUCGGUCGAGCCGUUCCAGGUGACGACGAGUCCCGACAAGGAUGAGACGGCCGAGAAGACGACGACAGAUGGAAAGGAGUCGGAGGCGAAAGAGCAGCAGGCGAGCCCGUCGCCGCCGAAAGAUCCGCAUCCGAAUCCGCCGCCGCCGUCGUGUUUGAGCACAUUCGCCUCUCCGGCGUUGAGCACAUUUGAGCAGAAAAUCAAUUCAUCGACUCGCGAUUCGCCGAACGCGUUUGGCGAAUGUCUCGACGAGUCGCGAUUGCGAAGCGGCAAGACCGAUCUCGUCUCGUUGCGAUCCGACUCGUUGAAGGCGACGAAACGACGAUCGUGGGCCGCUUCUGAGGGCACGUCGAUGACGGAAGCCGAGAUGAUUCAUCGACUGCUCGAUGAGCAGCGACGCGGUCGCAAUCAUUUCAUUCCGCAAUUGCCGACGCCGCACGAGGAGACGAUUCCUGAGGUGACGAGCACGGAGGAGACGGUUAGUGUGACGACGACGACGACGACGACGGCGGCGGCGGCGGCGUCGACGACGAAUUCGAAUCCGACAGUGGACGAGCCGGAAUCGCCGAUGACCGUCGAGCCGCCGACGUCGCUGAUGGAUCAGAUGAUGAUUGGAAGCGACACGACGACGGAGGAAGAGACGAGCUCGUGUUCGACGCGAUCCGUGGAUGAAUUGAAUCUGGAGAUGGAAGUUGCACAAGAGAAGCGCGUCAUCAAGAGCAUUCUUCGACGUCCCAACGAGAAGCUGAACAAAGGACGAAUCGAGUUCGAUCCGUUGGCGUUGCUGCUCGAAGCCGCGCUUGAAGGCGAUUUGGAUUUGGUCAAAUCGAGUUCGGCAAAGCUCGUCGACGUCUCGCAGGCGAACGACGAGGGCAUCACAGCGCUUCACAACGCGAUCUGCGCGGGACACUACGAGAUCGUUCGAUUCCUCAUCGAGCACGACGCCGACGUGAACGCGCAAGACUCGGACGGAUGGACGCCGUUGCAUUGCGCGGCGUCGUGCAACAAUCUGCCGAUGGUGCGCCAACUCGUCGAGGGCGGCGCCUGCGUGCUCGCCGCCACCCUAUCCGACAUGGAGACGCCGGUCGAGAAGUGCGAAGAGGAAGAGGACGGCUACGACGGCUGUCUGAAGUAUUUGGUCGCCGCGCACUCGUCAACCGGCAACAUCAACAACGGCAAAGUGUACGCGGUGUACUCGUAUGAGGCCGAGUACGAGGACGAGCUCAGUUUUGACGCCGGCGAUGAGCUUGUCGUGUUGAGCAAAGACGAUGUUGAUAUGCAUUGGUGGACUUGUCGAAAUUCGAAUGGCGACACGGGAUUGGUGCCGAGAACGUAUUUGUCGCUCUAUCCGGCGCUGAAAUAUCGAAAAAAACUCAACUUUGUGAUGUUCGAUCUUCCGCUGGAAGCCAACAACAAUCUGGACUAA